AUGUUGGAGUAUGUGCAGCGUGAGGUGCGUGGCGGGAGGGCUUCUCGUAAGCAGCCACGUUCUGUUGUAGUCCCCUGCGGCGAACAAGGCAGCGGAACUUCGAAGGACCCUUUUGUGCUUCCCCUGCGCGAGACCCCAAAUAGGAGUCAGUGCUACCACUGCAUUGAGGAUUGCUGCGAUUGCCAGUGGAUGGUGCGGAGACUGGGGGAGUGCUACGCCUCGUUGCCGGUGACGAGGCAGGUGAUGCCGUCUCGGAAGAGGGAGCUGUGCGCCAAAUCUAUUCUGCCUCCUUUUGUGUCGCGUCUUGUGCGUAUCGCGAAGAUUGCGCCGCAGGACACUUUUUAUGACUUGGGCUGCGGAAAUGGAAGCGUUCUGUUUCAGGUGGCUUUGAUGACUGGCGCUCGCUGCGUUGGCGUGGAGGUUAAUGAGCGCAACGCCACCGUUGCGAGGGAGGCGUGGCGCCGCCUUCGGCCUGCGGUUGAGUCCCGGCGUGGUGGCGCCGUGGAGGUUGAGAUUAUUUGCGGCGACUUUUGCGCCCUCAUGCGGGACGAGGCGUUCUUUGCCGCCUCUCCGGUGGUGUGGGCGGCCAACCUCCUCAUGCCGAGUUCGGUGAACCACUACUUGUCGGAGCGGUUUCGCUCGCUCCCGAAGGGAAGCCGUGUGCUCUGCCUUGCGGACUUGUAUCCGCACGGCAGGUCGGUGGCCGCGUUGCGCGACCCUGACGCAUUCGAGAAGUUUGCCAUGACGGACUUUAGGUGGCAGGCGAAGAGUGUCGAGUGGUGCGACCUGGAGGGCCCAUUUUUCAUGUACGCGAAACGCACAUGA